AUGUCGAAAAGAAAUCAAGUCACUGAAAUAGUUUUUAAUAAUGAAAGCAAGUCUUCAGAUUCGGAAUCAUCACUGGAUAUUGAUCCUCUGGACGCACAGCAACUGUCAGACGACCAGGACUUGGACUAUGUUCCAAGUGAAGACGAUAAUUGUGAAGAUGAAGUCUCCCUGGAUCAACCUGGAACAUCAGUCCAGACUUCCAGGUUGAAAGUAUCUAAUGAUAUACGCGUAACAAAAAAUGACAAUAACCACGCAAGUAAAAUAGUUCAAGAACUGGAGAGUUUUCUGAAGAAGAAACCAAUUGAAUUUAUACUUAAUAAUGAUGAUUUGAAGGAGUUAACCAGGGGUUUGAAUAUUAAAAACUGA